UUUCGCACGUUUAUCAUUAGUUGAUGAGUUAAUCUUCUAUAUAACAGCUUACGAUAAGUUUGAGCUAAAAACCUCUCAGAAAUUACAAACUAGUGAAAAUAAAUGUAUUUCUUGAGUGAUGAUUUUUAAGUUUAUCACAUUUUUAGUGUUAGUUAUGAGAAAUGAGGUCUCGCCAUCAUGAAGAGCUUGGAUGAGGCUCGAUGCAUAGUUUGUUAUCUAGUGUUCUGUUGUGGAGACUGCCGCUGGAAGCACGAAAAAUCCACUCACGGGCUUACUUAUGAUUGCCCUAUUUGUCGAGACAAUAGGUUUCUUUGUAAACCAGAAGAACUAACCAAAGAUUACAUACAACACCUAGCAAGAGAACACUUACCGUUACAGUGCAGAAAGUGUAACAAGAUGUUUACAAACAUGGAAGAUUUGACAGAUAUCGAUAAAUGUUCAACUAUUUCUGAAUUGAUUGAGUCCAACAUUGAAGACAAAAAGGAAGAAAACGUUGAAGAAAAGUUUGACUCACUGUACGAAAAAGUAAAUCAUGAUGGGGAGAAUUUUGAAGCAAUUGUACUAAUUAACAAUUCAACAAGAACUGCUGUUAUAACACCUAUUGUAAGAAAAAAGUGUCUAGUAGAUUAUGAAUCUAGUGAUACUGAAUGGGAAGAUAGCCCUAAGAAACUUGCAGCUACACCACAUCCCAAAAUAAAUCCAAAAAAAACAACACAACAUACAGCUACUCCCCACAUUAAAAAACUACUCGUUAGACAAAAACACGCAAUAUACGAUGAAAUGGUAGAUGAAGAAAACUACAAUGAUUCACCUAAAAAUGGUAAAACCCCUUUACGGAGUAGCCCUGAAACUCCAGAAGCUGAUCAACAAAUGACUACGCCAACAUCACAGCUGCCACAUGUACUAAAACUAGCUGAAGUGGUGACCACUAGCACACCAACACAUCCCGGUACAUGGUCGAUGUUCUCCGGCGCAGGAACCGAUUCACCGUUAUCCGAAAUAGAACAGACGGGCAGCCCCGCUGAGAGUAUCGAUAAGGAAGUCGAACCUUCGAGAACAGAGGAGAGUAACCAACCUAAACUGAAAGGCAUAAUAAGUCGUGUCAAAUUUGGCACGCAGGAUAGUUCAGAAAAGCAGGUCACUUUCCAGGAUAGUGAGAAUGUAACUGAACCAUCCGUGAAAUCUAAGAAAGUAAAAUUCGCUGAAGACACCGUCUUUAAAGCUGAGCCGAAAAUAAAAAGAGUGUUCACUAAACCGAGACGAAUGCUCACGCCAGGCAGACAGCGUCCUAAAUUCUCUCACAAUCCUCGCUUCCAAGCCUUAAUCAACCGUUUUGAAAGCCAAAGAAUGCCCUUAACCCAAACACCUGUGACUAAGAAAGAUGAGGAGAAGUCCCUAGAAAGCACACCACCAGCUGGUGAUCACAACAUCCCAGCUAGAGCAAUAAGCUUUAAAGACGACAGUCCAAUCGUGGAAACGGAAAGCCAAUCUAAAGAAGCAAAUGAAUUAUUCAAAAGUUGCGUCGGCUCCCCAGCACCGCUUAACAACGCAAUAACAUCCCUAACCUCAAACAUAGCGGGCACUCUUCAAACGUGCCUCACCUCAGUUCUACGAUCGACCGACGAAGAAACAGAGAUACAAUUCAAAUUCGUUAUCUCUAAAAAGAAAGUGAGCGUUAAAAGGAUUGCCGAAGAUGGUAAUCUUGAAAAGUACACUGAAAUGGAUAGGGAGGAGCAAUAUAAUAAGGAGAAUAUUUGGUCGACGGUAGCGAAGGCUGUCAAAAAUGUAUUUUGGGGCAGCCAAGGUACUCAUCAUAGUAAUCAAGCUACGCCGUACACAUCUCUCACGUCAAACGAUACCACCGCCUCAUCAGCAUCGAAGAGGAAAUUCGAUGAUAUGUCCGACUCUGACCUCAGUCCUCUCAACCAUAAGCGCCACAAGUAUGAAGGGAGGAUAAAAGGAAGACCACCUUUGCACAGAGCCAGGACCUGCAGCGUCUCUUGCUUGAGGAGUUCGCAUUCUGCUGAACAGCAUUCCAUGCUGAAGGAGUUGUCUAUGUACCAGGAGGAUCAUAUGAAUAGCAGCUUUUAGCGCGAAUGUUUAUAAUACGACUAAUCAAAAAGGAGUGACAUGUUGUCAGGAUUUUUGAAUUUCUUUACACCACCAUAAAUUCUAAAUGCCUGAACAGAUUUAGGAGUCAAAAGUAGUGCGAUGUACGGUUUAUCGAUAUCCGAUGGUUAGAAUCCUUCCAUUAUUUUGAGUGACAGUGAGCUUUUUGAAAUAUAUUCAAUAUGGCGGCUGUAUGGUGCCAUUUUCAAAUACGACAAUUCGUACAUUAUACAAGUUGUAAAAUAAAUAAAUGAAUAAAUAAAUACAUUCUACAGAAUAUGAGCCUUCUAAGUAGAAUCAAACUGCAAUAUUUCCCAAUGGACGACUAAAAGAGUCGCUAUGAGACUUAAAAAGACAAUUGGCAAAGAACUUAGGCUACGAUAUCCAGAGCGACGCAGUUUCAAAUCCUGCCGGUUUCAAAACUUUUAAAUUUUAAAUAUUACCUAUCAUUUUGCGAAAUUGCGGAGCCGUUGGAUUUUGAACACGCAUUUAGGGUUAUCACAAACGAUGUGCUGUGCCAAGUCACCCAUGGUCCUUCUACAUGCUAAUACGUGAAU